AGCAUUUACUCCCUUCGACAGGGUGUGUUUUCGAGUUACAUUGAAUGAAAAACUGUGAGGCAUAGCGAUAAACUUAGCUAUAACAAUGUCGACCCUCUUUGAAGACGUAAAAAACAAAAUGAUUGCCAUUAAGGCAAAGACAGAAGAAGCUGUUGAAAGAGAGCAUGAUGCAUGUUCGGAGCUGAAAACAAAGGUUCAAGAGAUUGCUAGCAAGGAGGACGAAGCGGCGGGAUAUCAUAGACGCAUUCAGUUUCUGCGAAAGAAACUCGAAGACGCGCGGGCCGAGACAGACGAAAAGGAAAGUAGACUGAAAGAGCUGAAUGAUAAAGCAGAUGCGGAGGCUGUCAAGGGAAGGGAACUAACUUAUGCCGAAGUAGAAACUGAUGAACAGCUCCGAGAACUUGAACACCAGGUGCAAGAAGCCCAGUCCGCCGCCGAGACCGCUCAUAUGAGGUUGAACGAAGCCCAGAGAAAGCUAACUGUUAUCGAAAACGAACUGUCUCGCUCGGAAAUUCGCAAGGAUACGGCAGUGAAACGAGUCGAGGAAUUGGAACACAUGAUCCGUACUGCUGGAGAAAAUCUUCGCAAACUUGAACAAGAAGAUGUGCUUGCUAGUGAGAGAGAAACCGACAGCCAGCAAAAAAUUCAAAUUUUGGAAGAAGAGCUGAAAGUUCAGAUAGAGAAAUGCGAAGAGACUGAGAGAUUGGAAAGCACAAAAUUGCGCUUAAUUGACGAACUGACCACGGACAUUGAGUUCUGGAAUUCAAAGAAGCUGAAACUGUUGAAUGAAAUCGAUGCUAUGGAGAGUAUGGACUAGAACUUCUGACUUCUGACUCUAAGAUUGUUUUGGUAAUUCGUGAGCAAGGGAGAAGCGUGGCUUCUAAUACUGGUUCUGUAAGUUUUGAACGGAAAUCAGAUAUGGAUUAUAAGAAAGUCAGUUUUGUUUUAAAAAAAAAAAAAUUGGAAUUCUGUUGUUGCAUGUUGUUUAUAUUCAUUAGAGAACUUACAAAUUUUUUAACAGUACUAAGUAUGAGGAGCUAAAUACCGGUGUACACCAUGCUGUAUUUUAUGCAGGUCUAAACUUGGAAUUUAUGUCGUGGUGGUCACAUCUUUGUAAAGAUCUUGUCCUUUUUCAGAUUACUGUCCAAGUUUGUGUUAAUUUUCUUUGCACAAAAGAGUUGCUUCUAAAAACAGAUUACAGUAGUUUCAGUGUGGGGUGAAUGACAUAACAUAGUUCCAGUGUGACCCACUUGGAAUGCAACUUGGCAUAUGCUAAGGACCAUGGAAAUGCAUCUAAGCUUUGUCAUUAUUGUUAUGGGAAACUGAGAUAUGCAUUUUUCAUAAGAUGUCCCCAGAUCAAUUUCAUCUAUGUUACAAUUCCUAGGUAAAAUG